AUGACGGUAUUCUCAGGAAUAAAUAAAAUAGAGUUUGAAGGUACUUUCGAGGGUAUUGGGAAGGAUGUCGUUAUGUCAAAAAUGAUAAGGGCGUUGCAGAAGCAUUUCCCUUCGAUACGUGAUAAGAAUUAUGAGUUGAGCCUAUUUUUACACAUUUUCCAGAGAUAUGUCUUAGAAAAUACUUCAAUUACUCACGAUUUAGACCGUGAUGAAAUCAAACUACCCAACAUGGAUGAAGUAGUUGAAUUCGAAGAUAUUAAAAGCGACGAUCCAUUGGAUGGUAAACUAUUAUCAAAAUUAGCCAUCUUAAAAUUAAGCGGAAAGACUAAUAUAAUAAUUGGUAAGGAAAGUCCCUUAUUUGAGGUAAAAAAUGGGAUGUGUUCUUUGGACAUAACAGUACAACAAACGCAAAAUUUGAAUGCAGAACAUAAUUCCGACGUUCCUCUCAUAUUCAUGACUUCUUUUGAAACUGAAUCUCAAAUUUCGAAUUUCCUCGAAGAGCGUUAUUCUUCUAGCAAAGUUAGAUGGAAAACCGUAGUUCAAUCAAGCUUCCCAUCAAUUGAUAAAGGUCGAUUACUACCAAUCGACUUACAAACCAAUCCUCAUAAAGAAGAUUUCUGGUAUCCUUGUGGAACUGGUAAUCUAGCUGACACCUUAUAUUUUUCAGGAGAAUUGGAUGAGUUACUUGCUCAAGGCAAAGAGAUUUUAUUUGUUUCAAAUAUUGAUAAUUUAGGGGCUACUGUAGAUUUGAACAUUUUAGAUUUUAUGAUAAAUAAAAAAAUUGAGUACCUUGUUGAGGUGGUUGAAAGGACUGCAAAUGAUUCGAAUACUGAGGUGUUGGCAACCUAUAAAGGUAAACUGCGAUCGGUGUAUUAUAGCUGUUUGCCCAAUGAAAAUGCAAGCAAGUGUAGAUUUGUGAAUACUAAUAACAUUUGGAUCGACUUGAGAAAGCUAAAGGGCCUAAUAGAGUCUAAUAGUUUAAAUUUGCCGAUUCGUUCCAGUGAAACCAAAAUAACACACGAUCAUGAAGAGAAAGAGUGUCUACAUUUUAAGACACAGUUAGUGGAUUGUAUUGCAUUCUUUCCGAACAGUCGAGUUAUAAAAGUAACAAGAAACAGAUUUUUGCCCCUAAAAACAUGUAGGGACUUGUUUUUGUUGAAAUCAACUCUAUAUGAUCUCGACGCAAAUGGAACAUUUAAUCUCUACCCUCUGAAGUUUGGACUACUACCGUCAAUCGACUUGGGCGAUGAGUUCGCAACCUAUGAAACCUUUAACAUAGGAAUACCAGAUAUUCCUAAUAUUUUGGAACUAGAUCAUUUGACUGUAAUGGGAAAUGUGUUUUUUGGUCGUAAAAUAACUCUAAGAGGGACCGUAAUUAUGAUCUGUGAUAAAGACGAUGUAAUUACUGUUCCUGAUGGUUCUAUUUUAGAAAACGUAACGAUUUGGAAUAAAUCCCAGCUGGAGGAUAUGAACGAAUAUUAA